CUCAACAGAUUUUGAAAUGGUACAUUUCAGGAAAUAAUAAAGCGGUAACUGUUUGACCCUGACUGCUUGUUGCAUUACCCACUACCAUGGCAGAGGCAACCCAACCAACGGCUGUGAAAGGGCAGCUGCCAGACCUUCUUAUAGAGGAGGACAGAAGUGACGGGACAUCUUUUGCAUACAAAUCACUGGAGAGGUCGCAGUCUGAGGCAGCCCUGUUGUCAAGGAAAAGAUGUCAGAAAAGCUCAGUAAGCUCCCAGGAAAAUUCAGAAAAAUUAGAGCUACACAAUGUUUCUGAGUGCUCAAAGGUGUAUUUUGACCUAUCAAAAGAGGAGACUUUUGAGGAACACACUGGCAAAAAUCUAUACUUUGCACCGUCAAGGUCAAAUUCUGGACGGUUCUUAGAAACAAUACGACAAAACGAAGAAUUGCGCGUCAACGAAAUGACCUUGAAUUAUCGUGAUCAGAGGUCGAUAUCGAUGGGUAGUGCUUCAAGUAUGGAAAGUGUAGAUGGUAAAGUUUUCCGGUUUGAUCAAGACUCUGAUACAAGAGGCAGCUGCGAGGCGGUGAAUUACCAGUCAAAUUUUGAGGCUUUGUCUGUAACACUGAAAGAGAAAAUAAGAAAAUUGUGCGCCACAAAAUUGGAAACAGAACUUGUUGAAAUAUUUUCUGAAAUCAAUAUUCUAAUUGAGCAAGCAUGGGCCAUGCCUGCUAUUGGCAGAGAUCUUGCCUAUGGACUAAGUGCAAUUAUUCAUCAGGAGAAAACACUGGACUUCAUAUUAAAAACAUGUGGUUCUGGAUCUAAAUCACUGUUGAUUGCAGCAGUGCGCGUUUUAGAGCAGGUUCUUACCACUGGCAAUCGAGAGUAUGUGGCAGCAAAUGGGUUGGAAUCCUUGGUUUCCAUGUGUUUAAAGCACAAGGAAGACCGAGAACUGGCACAAAUGACCACUGGUAUUUUAGAGAGCAUGUUUAAAACUUCCCAGGACACAUGCACUCGUCUGAUUGACCUUGGUGGACUGGAAGUGAUUUUGUUCUGGUGUAGAUGUCAGGACCGGUUAACACUGCGCCAUUGUGCCAUCGCCCUCUCCAAUCUCACCCUUUAUGGCGGAACAGAAAACCAUGGCCAAAUGAUCAAUCUGAAAGUUCCAGAGUGGUUGUUCCCGUUAGCUUUCAACAGAGACGAUGUUGUAAGGUACUAUGCCUGUCUAGCCAUAUCAGUGUUAGUCCAUCUUGCCAAUACCUAUGACAAAAAAGUAGAGACAGCUGUCCUCAACUCAGGAACUCUUGAAUUGGUUCUCCCCUUCAUCAGCAGCCAUACGCCGAUGGAGUUUGCACAGAUGGACCUGUGGCAUCGUCAUGGCAGAUCGCGUGAGUGGCUCCAGAGACUGGUUCCUGUCUUGAACAGCAAAAGAAAGGAACCUCAGGCACUCGCUGCUUUCCACUUCGCCAUGGAGGCUGGCAUCAAAUCUGAACAGGGCAGAAAGAAGAUAUUUCAAGAGAUUGAAGCAAUAGAACCGUUAAAGAAGGUUGCAAGUACGAGCCCCAACCCGACUGCCUCGCGCCUGGCUGCCAGCGCCCUGAAGAUUCUUGGAGAGGAGAUACCACAUAAACUGCCUCAAAGUGUUCCACUCUGGACUAAUGAGGACGUCAUUUUCUGGGUUUCGCAGGUUGGGUUUGCUGACUACAUUCCGCAAUUCAGGAAGUGUCAGGUGGAUGGGGAUCUGCUUCUAAAAAUAGAUGACCUUGACCUUUCAGACAGCCUUGCAAUGACCCCAUCCAUUAUUAGGAAAAGAUUCUUGCGUGAGCUGAAAGAACUGAAGGCAUGCUCUGAAUAUUCGUCAUGUGAUCCAACAAAGCUAGAGGAUUGGCUAAAAGAGCUGUCGCCAGACUUUGUCCAGUACACGUACCAGCUGCUGCAGAGUGGUGUGGACAGGCCUUUCCUACCUCAGAUCUCUGAAGAGCUCCUUAAGGAGGAUUGUGGGAUACUCAAUGGAGUUCAUAGGGUCAAAAUGAUGCAGAAAAUAAGAGAACAAAUAAUGCAUAGGGUGAGCUCUAAGUCAAGCGUGGAUGUGACAGACGCACCCGACACAUUUACCAGUGAUAAAACUAUUGACGCCUUCAUCAGCUACCGAAGGAUAAAUGGCGCUCAGCUUGCUAGUCUCCUGAAAGUUCACUUACAACUGCGGGGCUUCUCCGUAUUCCUGGACAUUGAGCGACUGAAUGCAGGAAAAUUUGAUGAGGGUCUUCUGACAAGCAUCGCCCAGUCCAAGAACUUCAUCCUUGUGCUGACUGCAGACGCAUUAGAGAGGUGCAUUGGCGAUGAUCAGAGGAAAGACUGGGUGCACAGGGAGAUAGUUGCUGCUCUGGAGGGCAAGUGUAACAUCAUACCCAUCACAGACAACUUUGACUGGCCGGCUGCAGAGGCUUUACCCGAGGAUAUUCGGCAGAUUGUCUGCUUUAAUGGCAUCAAGUGGAUCCAUGACUACCAGGAAGCCUGUGUUGGGAAGCUUGAGAGGUUUCUUCGAGGGGAGAAGAGGUCCACUGUGCUUGGGCUGGGAUCCUCGUUUGAUGACAGUUCCCCUCAUGGAACCCCACAUGGAUAUGGGGAUAAUUCUGUAAGGCCCAAGAGGGGCCAAGUUCAGGGACUUGGGUCAUCUUUUGAGGAUUGUUUAUAGAAUUUAAGGCAUAGAUUAAAAUAAUAGCUAUAAUUACAGAAUUAGUAUAAAUCUGUUAACAGGAUAACUGUUGUUAAUUGCAGUCAAAUGAUAUUCUAGUCAUAAAGAAAUUCAAGUCUAAACAACAUGUUAAGUUAAUGUACCAGUAUAUGCUAGAAGCAGACAUCUGAUAAAUAGUGACAACAUAUUACAUCUUAUUCAGGGUUUGCUGAAUUAAUGAAAUUUUAAAAUAUUGACAUGUUUCUUAAAAGUUUGGAUAUGCCUUUUCACUGACUUAAUCACCAACUUAUCUGCUUAAUUUCCUGUGGCGCCACUAUGUCAAACAUCUUAGAUGAAUGUAACAAUAAGGCCUGAACAUGUUUUACCAGUCAUAUGGUUAGAUAUUAGCUUUUGUAGGUGAACCUGUGAAUUAUUGAAAAAACGACAAAGACUACUAGCUAUGCUAGCUCAUAGCCUAUUUUUAUGCUCCCGGUAGGGUGGCAUAUAGCAGCUGAACUGUCCGUCAGUAUGUCAGUCUGUCCCUCCGUCCGAAAAAAAACUUUAACAUUGGGCAUAACUUUUGCAAUAUUGAAGAUAGCAACUUGAUAUUUGGCAUGCAUGUGUAUCUCAUGAAGCUGCACAUUUUGAAUGGUGGAAGUUCAAGGUCAAGGUCAUCCUUCAAGGUUAAAGGU